GGGCGCUGCCGCUGAGCGGGGGCGGGCGGGGGGAGCCGGGCGGGGGCGGGCGCGGCUCCGUGCCCGGUGCGGGACCGCCCGCGGGAGCGUCCCCGGGAGCGGCGCCGGUGUCGCCUCGUCCUUCCCGUGGCCCGGACCCCCGUGGCCGGAACGGAGGGAUUCGAACCGCCGGGAGCGCCGGCUGGCUGCGUGCGAGGGCGAGCGGAGGCACCGGCAUUGCUUCUCCGCUGUUCGACACGGGCUCGAUUUAUUUCCACCCUGUGUCGCCUCGAAGCGCCGGGCUCCGGGCGAGCCCCCUCCCCAGGCACCCGUGAGCAAUGAUGAGGCGCCCGACUUCCCGCCGCGUCCCUGACCUGGAAGCCCCGGGACAUUCCCGGCUUUUCGAGUGACGAGGGCGGCGGAGCGGGAAGGGCGCGCGAUGGCAGAGAAGUGCGACUGCCUGGCCAGCAUGUACGGCUACGACCUGGGCUGCCGCUUCGUCAACUUCCGCCCGCUGGGCUUCGGGGCCAACGGGCUGGUGCUGUCGGCGCUGGACAGCCGCAGCUGCCGCAAGGUGGCCGUGAAGAAGCUGACGCUGGGCGAUGCCCGCAGCGUCAAGCACGCCUUCCGCGAGAUCAAGAUCAUCCGCCGCCUCGAGCACGAGAACAUCGUCAAGGUCUACGAGGUGCUGGGCCCCAAGGGCGCCCACCUGCGCGGGGACUUCUUCAAGUUCAACGUGGUGUACAUCGUGCAGGAGUACAUGGAGACGGACCUGGCGCGGCUGCUGGAGCAGGGCAAGCUGGCCGAGGAGCACGCCAAGCUCUUCAUGUACCAGCUGCUGCGCGGGCUCAAGUACAUCCACUCGGCCAACGUGCUGCACCGCGACCUCAAGCCGGCCAACAUCUUCAUCAGCACGGAGGACCUGGUGCUGAAGAUCGGCGACUUCGGCCUGGCCAGGAUCGUGGAUCAGCACUACUCGCACAAGGGUUACCUCUCCGAAGGCUUGGUGACGAAGUGGUACCGCUCCCCGCGCCUCCUCCUGUCGCCCAACAACUACACCAAAGCCAUCGACAUGUGGGCAGCUGGCUGCAUCCUGGCCGAGAUGCUGACCGGGAGGAUGCUCUUCGCUGGGAUGACACCUGAAUGCCGCCACCCGUUUUUAGGAUUCACCUGUAAGCACGAAUUGCAGCUGUAAAGGAGAAGUGUGAGAAAAGAAGACGACAAAAGCACAGAGAGGAGUUACCAGUGCAGCAUUUGAAGCUCUGCUCUGACGUCAUUGAAAAGAAACUAUGCAUUCAGUAGGGUCCCAAAAAUGCUGUGUCGGGAGCCAAGUGCCUCCCCCCAAGCUGGGACCUGGACCCAUUCCCUGAGGAGCUGCUGCCCUGUGCCUGCUGCAGGAGCUGCUCCCUUGCAGCCCAAGGGGUGCAGCAGCAGAGCUCCCCCCGGGCCGUCUCCGUGCUGUCGGUGCUCUGAGUGACAAGGUUUAACACCUGCGAGCAGCUCUUUGCAGGGUUGUGUAAAUAAAUGACCAGACCCGUUAAUAAUGGAGGAGGACGUUUCCUUCACAGGUAUCUCAGCGUGCCGCUGAGCUCCACAGGCUCGGCUGCAGCUGCUCUGCUGCUGCCUCCCCACUCCUGCUUGCAGCUUCCUUAUUUCUUCUGUGAAAGCUUAAAAAUAAGCAGUCAGUACCCUUAUGAAGAGAUGGUUUAAAUUGCCUCCUUUUCCUUCCUUAUUUUCGCCCUCAGUUUCACCAAAGCUUUCCAGCCCGGGGGUUUCAGCUUUGAAAAGUGUGUGUUUAACCUGUCAGCUCCUGGUGUUUCCUUGGGAUGCCUUCUAGGAGCAGGGACGUCUGCACGUGCAAGGCAUUGUCUGACCUUGCUGGGAGACGCUGCAUGCUCUUAUUCCCCACGCCAAACAGCAAAACAAGAGCUGCCUCUUGAGCUCCCCGGGCCACCCCAGCACAGCUCCCAAGCAUUUCUGGCUUUCCACUUGCUGUGCUUGACCCCUCUCCCAGCCCCAGCUUGGGUUUCUUUUUGCUCUUUGCGGAUCCCACGGCGUAAGUGACGCUGGCUGACGCCACUGAGGUCUCCAGGGUGGUGCUUUGAGCUCGUUUUGUGCCAAGGCAGGGGCAGAAGUAGCCCUGGGGUGGGAUUGAUCUGUCCUCUGCCCGGGCGAGCUGCCCCAGAGCAGCCACGCAGGAGGCUCCCCAGGCGGUUCCUGAGAGCCCUCAGCAGGUGGAGUCCAGAGGUGGUUUGAGGUGAUUUGGUGAUCAGAGGUGGGGUUUGGCACACCGCGGGCUGGGCUCAGCCAGGCACACGCUGCGAGCAUCCCUUGUUCUCUGCCUUCCAGCCCAGUGAAAUCACUUAAUAAUCCCCGGGCGCUGGCAGGAUGCUUGGUUAGAGGGUGUGGAUCAAAACCAAGCUCAAAAUAUCAGCUCCUUUCGGGUGGCUUUGAAAAUAUGUCAUUGUCAGGGGAGGUUCUGGCCCCCUGCCCCUUGUUCCUGGCCUCCUCCUGUGCCAGCAGGCAGAGCAGGGCCAGGGCAGGAGCCUGGCAGCAGGCAGGGUGCCCAUGGUGUCUUUCAUCUCCUGCUGUCCAGAGAGGAGGCAGGUAAAGCCCAGCCCCUCAGAGCAGCUAAAACUCACAAACACCAGCACAGCAACACGGAUUUGCCUUUGC